AUGGCUGCUCAAGUUCCCAUAGAGGCUUUGAAGGAGCUCAACGUGGGAGGGCCUGCGACAAACGACAAGGCAGCAAACCCCACGGAGGGAAAUGGCGUUGACCAUGACAGCGACGACUCGGAUGAGGAGGGCGAGGAGGUAGCGGCCCCCACAGCCGGCGGCGCGGCCAAGAAGAAGAAGAAGAACAAGAAGAAGAAGAAGAAGAAGACUCCGACCGCCCAGUCCGACCCGCCCCGCGUGCUCAUGUCGUCGCUGUUCCCCAACAAGAACUACCCCAAAGGUCAGGAAGAGGAGUACCGCGACGAGAACCUCUACCGCACGACGAACGAGGAGAAGCGCCACCUUGACAACCUCAACAACGACUUCCUCACCGAUUACCGCGAGGCCGCCGAAAUCCACCGCCAGGUCCGCCAGUGGGCCCAGAAGAACAUCAAACCCGGCCAGACUCUGACCGAGAUCGCCGAGGGCAUCGAGGACGGUGUGCGUGCGCUGACGGGGCACCCGGGCAUCGAGGAGGGAGACGCCUACAAGGGCGGCAUGGGAUUCCCCUGCGGCCUGUCCCUCAACCACUGCGCAGCCCACUACACGCCCAACGCUGGCAAUAAGAUGGUGCUCUCGCAAGGGGACGUCAUGAAGGUCGACUUUGGCGUGCACGUCAACGGACGCAUCGUCGACAGCGCCUUUACCAUGGCUUUCGAACCGCAGUAUGACAACCUCCUGGCGGCUGUCAAGGACGCGACAAACGCCGGCGUGAAGGAGGCUGGCAUCGACGUGCGCGUCGGAGACGUUGGAGGUGUCAUCCAGGAGGUCAUGGAGAGCUACGAGGUGGAGAUUGAUGGCACGACGUACCCCGUCAAGUCGAUCCGCAACCUCAACGGCCACACGAUUGAGCGCUGGAGCAUCCACGGCACCAAGAGUGUGCCCAUUGUUAAAAGCAACGACACAACCAAGAUGGAGGAGGGCGACGUGUUCGCCGUCGAGACGUUCGGCAGCACGGGCAAUGGAUUCGUCCGCGAAGACAUGGAAGUGUCUCACUACGCUAAACGAGGAGAAGGACACGCCGCACUUCGGUUAGAUUCGGCCAAAAGACUGCUCAACGUAAUCAACAAAAACUUUGGCACGUUGCCCUUCUGUCGGCGGUACCUGGAUCGUCUGGGACAGGACAAGUAUCUUUUGGGCUUGAACAACCUGGUAGCCAGUGGCAUUGUCGAGGCUUACCCGCCCUUAUGUGACAAGAAGGGCUCCUACACUGCUCAGUUCGAGCACACGAUCCUGCUCAGGCCAACCGUGAAGGAAGUAAUCAGCCGAGGUGACGACUACUAG